CGGGAAAGUUGAACUGAGAAAAAGUUUGUACAAUUUGAAUAGAGACCGUGGAGGGGACUAAGAUACCGGCGGCGGGGUUCCGGACCAGGUACCUCCAUGGCAGGCUCCGAAGAACUGGGGCUCCGGGAGGAUACACUGAAGGUCCUAGCUGCCUUUCUUAAGCGGGGAGACACUGCCGGGUCCCCUGUUGCAACCCCGCCGAGGAUCCCUCACCAGGAGGAGCCGACAGAUUUCCUGAGCCGUCUUCGAAGAUGUCUUCCUUGUCCUCUGGGGAGAGGAGCCGUUCCACCUGAGUCCCCUCGACCUUGCUCCCUGCCCAUCCAGCCCUGCUAUGGUUCAGAGCCUGGCCCAGCCACUCCAGACUUCUAUGCCCUGGUGGCCCAGCGGCUGGAGCAGCUGGUUCAAGAGCAAUUGAGAUCUCCACCUAGCCCAGAGUUGCAGGGUCCCCCACCUACAGAGAAGGAGGCCCUGCUUCGGAGGCUGGUUUGCUUGCUGGAAGAGGAGGCUGAAGUCAUCAAUCAGAAGCUGGCCUCUGACCCCGUCCUACACCGCAAGCUGGCCCGCCUGUCAGCAGGAUCCUUCUCCCGCCUAGUGGAGCUGUUCUCCAACCGGGAGAGCAGCCCUCACAGGAGCCGCACAAGCACCUCCUUGCCCUGUCCCGGGCCCCCACCGCCUUCUCCGGAACCCUUGGCCCGCCUGGCCCUGGCCAUGGAGCUGAGCCGGCGUGUGGCACGGCUAGGGGGCACCCUGGCUGGACUUAGCGUGGAGCACGUGCACAGCUUCGCACCCUGGAUCCAGGCCAACGGGGGCUGGGAGGGCAUCCUGGCCGUCUCACCUGUGGACUUGACCUUGCCCUUGGAUUGACAUCUUCCUCAGAAGCUGCUAGAAGAUGGGACUUCACCUCUACUCUCCUUGCUUGCUGUGCCGAGCUCUCUUCUUUCCACUCAGGGCUGGGGGAAGGGGGUGUUGG